AUGACAUCAUCAACAAUUUCUACAAGUAAAUUACGAAUGGGUAUGAUCGGUGGUGGUCCAGGUGCAUUUAUUGGUGCUGUACAUCGUACAGCAGCUUGUCUUGAUGGUGAAAUUCAAUUAGUAUGUGGUGCUUUUAGUUCUGAUCCUGAAAAGUCUCGUGAAAUGGGUAAACAAUUAGGACUUUCAGAAGAUCGAGUUUAUGGUUCAUAUAAAGAAAUGAUUGAACAAGAACAAAAAUCGAAAGGUAUGGAUUUUGUCGCAAUUGUCACGCCCAAUCAUGUUCAUUAUGAACCUGCUGUUCUUGCUCUUCGUGCUGGUUUUGAUGUUGUUCUUGAUAAACCUCUAUGUUUUUCACUUAACGAAGCACAUGAACUUUCACAAAUUAUCAAUGAAACUGGUCGUACUCUUUGUUUAACACAUACAUACACAGGUUAUCCAAUGGUUAAACAAGCACGUCAAAUGAUUGCACGUAAUGAUCUUGGUUUAAUUCGUAAAGUUUAUGUUGAAUAUCCACAAGGUUGGUUAAGUCAUGAAGAUGUUAAUUCAAAACAAGCUAAAUGGCGUCUUGAUCCUAAACAAAGUGGUCCAUCUGGAUGUUUAGGUGAUAUUGGUGUACAUGCAUUUAAUUUAGCUGAAUAUAUUACUGGUCUUCAAGUUACUCAUGUAUGUGCUGAUUUACGAUCAGUUGUUGAAAGUCGUCAACUUGAUGAUGAUGCUAGUGUACUUUUACGAUUUAAUAAUGGAGCAAGUGGUGUUUUAAUGGCUUCACAGAUAUGUACGGGUGAAGAAAAUAAUUUAAAAAUUCGUGUUUAUGGUGAAAAUGGUUCUAUCGAAUGGCAACAUGGUGAUUGUAAUACACUUGCAGUACGAUGGUUUGAUAGUCCCACAGAAAUUUAUCGUACAGGAACACAAUAUCUUUCACAAAGUGCAAUACAUAAUACACGAGUACCAGCUGGACAUCCCGAAGGUUAUAUUGAAGCAUUUGCAAAUAUCUAUCGUAAUUUUAAACGAACAAUUUGUGCAAAGACUAACAACGAAAAAAAUCCAUCAGAACAAUGGGAAGAUUUUCCGAGUAUUAAAGAAGGUGUUCGUGGAAUGGCAUUUAUUGAAACUUGUUUAGCUAAUAGCAAAAAUAAUACUGAAAAAUGGACUGAAUUAAACGAAUAA